AUGUUUGGUCAGUUUGUUGCGGUGCCGGUUGCGGCUCAGCUACUUGCUGAUGGCGGCGCUGAGGUGAUUAAAGUGGAAACACCCACCGGUGACCCGAUUCGUGGCAUUUUGCCUCUCGCGCCCGGGGAAUCGCGCUACUUCAUCACCCGCAACAACGGCAAACACGCUUUACCCCUGGCAUUGAGCGACCCUGCAGCACGCCCGGUGAUAGACGCCUUAACCGCAAGUGCGGACGUCGUGUUGAUGAAUCUCAGGCCAGGGCUUGCUGAAAAACUGGGAUUAGAUUCAGAUCAGCUCUUAAAAAAACACCCCAAACUGAUCGUCGGUUCGGUCACCGGGUUUGGCCUGCAUGGACCGGAGGCAAACGAUGCGGGUAUGGAUCUGGUGGUACAAGCCCGAACCGGCCUGAUGGCAGCCAAUGGCCGAAUUACUGACGGACGCCCAGCAGCCGGAGAUCCGGUCAGCGCGGAUUAUAUGUGUGCCAUGACUUUGGCCUUUGGUGUCAGUGCGGCACUGCUGCGUCGGGAACGCACGGGUAAAGGCGGCAUUAUUGAUACCAGCCUCAUGCAGGCGGGUUUAGCUUUGACGGCCAGUCAGCUGGUCCGAUCAGAGGACCAUGACGCGGCCAAACAGCAGCAACUGCUUAACAAGCUAAAAGAAGCACGGCUGCAACACGCUUCCUAUGCGGAACAGCUUGAGAUAACCCGCCCGACACAACGUGCGCACAUGUUCAUGGUGUACUACCGCACGUUUGUGACUGCGAACGGACACAUUGCUGUGGCCUGUGGCAGUCCGGGCUUACGCGUCAAAUUUGCCGCGGUUUUGGGCAUUGAAGAUGCGGCUCUGGCAAACGGCUUCCAGGGCGAUCUGGACGCCCAUUACCAGGGACUAACAGCUGAGGUUGAACAACUCAUCUCUGCGCAGUCGAGUGAAUAUUGGGAGAACGCCUUGCGCACGGCCGGCGUUCCGGUUUCAACCGUGCGUCUACCCCUCGAGCUGUAUGAUGACAAACAGAUCAACGCCAACCAUUUUCUGCAUCGAUUUAAUCACCCCUCAGCCGGCAACAUGACUGUUGUUGCACCACCCUUGAGUCUGGAUGGCGAUGGGUUUAAACCAGGCGAGCCAACCCAGCCUUUUGGUUCGCAGACCCGUGAGUUACUCCAGGACCUCGGCUUCUCGGCAGAUCAGGUCGAUUCAUUUAUCAAAGCUGGCAUCACCCAUAAUGGUUUGGUGUAA